UUUCAUCGAGAUAGUGUCAUGCUGCGGACCGAGACACUUUAGGGAGAGUGAUUUCCUAACAGCUCAUCGUUGGCCAACUGAAACCAGAGUUCCAUUAUCUUCUACCCCCGCCUCUUGGAUUUUCAGAUUCCAUGGAUCAAGAAAGUCACUUACAUUCAGGAGACCUGUCAGUCGUCAUUGGUGGGACGUUUCUGAGGCUGCGGGAUGCCGUCACCAUGACGAUUUCAAACACCCGUCAGCGAGUCAUGCGGAGCUUUAUUGUGUUCUUUUUCACCUUGCUGCUCCUCUGCCUCGCUGUCUUUUUAUACGGAAGCUUCUACUACUCUUACAUGCCCAUGGCAGCUUUUUCCACACCAGUGCACUUUCACUACAGGACAGACUGUGAAUCCCCCACCUCUUUUUUGUGCUCUUAUCCACUGGCCAACAUCACUCUGAUGAGGAACAAGAAAAAUGUGCUGACAUUUGGCCAGGCCUAUCAGAUCUCUCUGCAGCUGGACAUGCCCGAGUCCCCAACCAAUCAGGAGCUGGGGAUGUUCAUGAUCAAGACAACCUGUUUCUCGCAGGAGGGAGGCCAGGUGGCUUCCUCUGCUCGCUCUGCAAGACAACUGCUGUCGGCCUCCAGCACUCGCUCUAGCAUGCUGCGAUACCGCUCAGACCUGCUGAGGACGAUGGGAACGCUCCUGUUCCUCCCAGCCUUUUUGACCGGAGCCACCGAGCAGAAACAAGUGCUGGAGGUGGAGCUCUUCUCCGACUUCACAGACGACCCUUAUGCCCCAUCGGCCACAGCCGUCAUUGAGAUCCUGUCCAACAAGGUGCAGAUCUACUCAUCUCAGCUGUACGUUCAUGCUCAUUUCACCGGCAUAAGAUAUUUCUUGUUCUACUUCCCUGUCGUAUCAGCCCUGGUGGGUGUGUUCAGUAACUUCAUCUUCCUCAGUGUCCUCUUCAUCCUCAGCUACAUGAGGCCCCUGAGAGCGGAGUGGAAACCAGAGCAGGCGAUAGGACAGGAACUUCAGACAACACUCAGAACAGAUGGACCUGUGUCAGAGAGGGAAAAGAGCAUGAACAACAGCCAGCAAGAGGAUGAAAAAGAUAUUGUUGCGGGUACUGCAGAGCUGCUGGGUCCCCUUCAGAUAACCCCCACAAAUCUGAGCCGGAAGAGACCCAUUUGAACUUUGGCGACAGCACAGAGCGGCCGAACAGAAAUACACUUGGUCAGGUUGAAAUAAAUUAAUUAUAGGCAGUCCGGGGACAUUAGAGAAGGAGAGAGAGAAAGUAGAGAGAGCAAUCCUGUUAGCAAAAUGGAAUGAUAAUGAUUAAAGAGCGACAUGUGGUUGAGAAUGAAAGAGCCCGUACAACACUGAAGGAUAUGUCGAGUGACGACCCGAGCUGCUCUGUUUGCGCUGUAGAUCUUAAAGGGCGCUGUUUCCACUUUUAACAUCAUGUACUCUGAGUCCUCCUAAUAUCUGUCCUUUAAUGGUAACACCUUGUGAUUUACAAGAAGAACACAUCUGAAACCUCAUCACUUCAUGCAAAUCUAUCAUCAGGUUCAUGUUAUUUUUCCGAAGUCCCAAGGCUUUCUUUUGUAAUCCUCAUUCAUAAUUACCAUUUAUUUCUUAACCUCUCGUCAUCACAGUCUUUGUCUGCCAAUCAAGACAAACAAACCGUUUUGAAAUAGAAGCUGUGAGUAACAUAAAGACAUUUUACCAACAAAAUAUGUUAUUGUUAAGAGAAACAGGAUGAAAUAACAUCUCUUGGUAAUGAUCUGAGUUGUAAUAUCUAAUAAUGUCACAUUUUGGUGGUUAUGGUUAUAAAUAUAUUUUAUUUCUAUUUAUGCCUAUUGUAUUGAACACAGUGUGGAGCUGUUUCUUUUUGGAGUUAGAGCAAUCAUGCAGGAUGAAAUGUUACUUUGAAAUGUUAUUAGAGCAAAAUGAAGAACUAUGAUACAAGCAUAUGGGGCAACCUGUGGAUUGUUUAAUAUAAAAAUAUUAAUAUUGUUUAAUAUAAAAAACUAUCGUAAAUUGAUUGAGUUUUACACCAAAAUGUAUACAACUGCAAUAAAACAUUU